CAUAAGUCCUAACUAAUCGUGAAAAGACCACUCACACGUGUUUCGGCAAAGUUGAAACCAACCCAGCAAGCGUGAGAGCAAGCAAACGCGUUAAAAUUCACCAUACCCAUUCCACUUUUCUUUUUAUUGUAUUUAUUAUUAUUUUAUUAUUAUCAUUAUUAUUAUCCUUUUUCUAAAGAACAAGAUAACACAACACACACUGUUUCAAUUCAACUUUCAAUCGCAUUUCAUCCUCUUUCCAAUUAUCAAUUUUCGGGUUUUCAUUUUUGUUGAUUAUUCCAAUGAGCGAUCACUUGGUACUCUUCGUUGACCAUCUCGAACGACCAGUUCCCGUUGACCCCGUUGAGCAGCCUGCUCAGCUUCCUUCCGAACCAUCGCCAUCUCCGGCCGCCGUCGAUGCCGCCUCUGGACCAUCCGGAUCCACUUUGCCGGUGGAUCGUGAGGUUGAGGAUUGUGAUGAGGAGGAGCCGCUGAUCCAGAUGGUGGAGUGCCGUAUCUGCCAGGAGGAGGAUAGCGUUUCCAAUUUGGAGACUCCCUGCGCCUGCAGCGGUAGUCUUAAGUAUGCUCACAGGAAGUGUGUCCAGCAUUGGUGCAAUGAGAAAGGAGACAUAACUUGUGAGAUAUGUCAUCAGCCUUAUCAACCUGGGUAUACUGCCCCACCACCUCGCCCUAAUCCUGAAGAAACCACUAUUGAAAUAGGAGGAGGCUGGACAUUGUCUGGUUCACCCUUGGACUUGCGUGAUCCUCGACUAUUGGCUAUUGCAGAGGCAGAACGCCAAUUCCUGGAUGCCGAAUAUGACGAGUAUGCUGCUUCUAAUGCUAGUGGAGCUGCAUUUUGCCGCUCAGCUGCUCUAAUUCUGAUGGCCCUUUUACUUCUGCGGCAUGCACUCUCUGUAACAGAUGGUGAUAAUUCUGAUGAUGAUCCGUCCAAUUUUUUCUCUCUUUUCUUGCUUCGAGCUGCUGGAUUUCUUUUACCUUGCUAUAUUAUGGCUUGGGCAAUCAGUAUUCUGCAACGCCGGCGACAAAGACAAGAGGCUGCAGCACUAGCAGCAACCCAAGUUGCUUUUGUUCUACAAUCUGGGCAGCGUAGAGGUCUACAAUUUGCGAUAGCACCAGGACCUACAGUACAGCAGGAACAAGUGUAGUAUCUAUGUUUUAUGUAAGACACCAUGGCAUGUAUGCCAUAUGAAGAAGGCUUGUUGAGAUGCCAUCCGUUAUUAAUCUUGAUUUUCACAGCUCUAAUAUAUGUGUACAUAUACCACUGGCGGCAAAACUGCAUGAGUACUAUACAUUCGAUUUAUCAAUCUGUGUAUGUAUGUAUUUCGAUGUGUUCAGUUAUAAUAACUAGAGAUUUAUAUGUACCAUGAUAUGAUUAAUGGUCUGGUCAUUCUUAUUCA